AUGGCGGACCGGCGACGACGAAGGAGGCGCGCUUCUCAGGACAGCGAAGAGGAGGAGGAGGAGGCUUCGGGCUCCGACAGCGCUGGCUCCGCGUCCCCAGGCGGAAAGCCCCGGGCGAGGCUCUCCGAGCCUGUCGAGGCUCCGGCGGUUCGCGGUGGCUCCAAAAGCGACGUGGAGUCCGAGUGUGAAAGUGAAGAUGGUGUGGGUGAAGCUGUCCUUUCGGACUACGACAGUGCCGAUCCGGAGGAGAAUGGCUCACACUCUGAGGGAGGAGAAGAUGAGGAGGAGGAGGGAGAACACUUCAGUGAUGAAGAGGCUGCACGCCCUGCUGCAGAACAGAAAGCUGCAGUGGAAGCUCCUGCAGAGGAGUUGGGAGAGGAAGAAGAGGAGGGAAGGAUAAAAGAAGUAAAAGCUGAGGAAAAAGGCAACCUGGCAGGAGAGAGACAGAGUGGAGAUGGCCAGGAGAGUACAGAUGAUCCUGAGAAUAAGUCAGCAGGUAAAGCAGGUCAGAAGCUGGAUGAUGAUGAGGACCGGAAGAAUCCAGCCUACAUCCCCCGCAAGGGACUGUUCUUUGAGCAUGACGUGAGAGGCCAGGCCCAGGAUGAAGAGAGACCAAAAGGCAGACACAGGAAGUUGUGGAAAGAUGAGGGACGCUGGGAGCACGAUAAGUUCCGGGAGGAGGAACAGGCACCUAAAUCGCGUGAGGAGCUGAUUGCUGUGUAUGGUUAUGACAUUCGCAACGGCACCGGGCCCAGCGAAGGCAGACCAUACAGGUCCCGAAAACCCAGGCACACUGGGUCAUUAAACCAAGACCCCAAACGUUACAGAGACAGUGAGAAGCCCACACGCACCUCAUGGCAGGGUGCAGCACCUGGCAUGCGCAGUACUCCCCCAACCACAGUGACCCUCCACUCUGGCCCUCCCUCUGCUCCCCCUGCAGCCCCCCGGCCUCAGGCUAGGCCCUCCUCCCAGCCGCCUGUGCGCAACUUCCAGGGAGGCAGAGGCCCAGCAUCGUCCCACCGCUCUGACGGCAGAGGACAUGGAAAGGCCCCCUUUGAGGGGCCCCCGCCUCGCAGCGCUCGUCCCCAGCCUCUUGAGGGUGAGCGGGCACCCAGGCUGAGAGGCAAGGGCUCUCAUGGGCCCCCUGCCGAGCGCAGCCCUGCUGUGGUGGUAGAGGACGUACGAAGUGAAGACGAAGAGGAGGGUGAGAUUCCUGCUGUGACCACCACCUACACUGCACACCACUACAAGACUGAGAGAGAGACGACUCAGUCACCACGGCGACAGGAAUCCAAUCUGGCAGCUGAACCAGCAGGCGGGACGGGGCCAAUAAGAGAGUCUUCACCUCCUCCAGAAAGGCCUGUGGAGAAGAAAUCAUACUCCCUUGCACGCAGGACCCGGGCAAAGCCCUCAGACCUCAGCAAGCAAGCAUCUCUGGAGGACUCGACACCGUCACUGCAGCCCACCCCUGCAGCUGUCAAGAGCGAAUCCUGGCAGGGGGACACGAGCACACAGAGUGGCCUGACAGGACUGGAUCAGGACCUGGCACGUCUCAGCAUGGCUGGGCAAAACUGGGCCCAAAGCCCACCCUCUUACCUGCCGCCUGAAAUGAGGGGCAUCCCUAGCUCUAUGCAUAUGGCAGGUGGUCCUCCUCAGUAUGGCAACAUUGAGGACAUGGGUGUUGGUGGUGGCCGGGCUAAGCGGUAUUCCUCCCAGCGGCAGAGGCCAGUGCCUGAGCCUGCACCCCUGCAUAUAGGGGUGAUGGAGGGCCAUUAUUAUGAACACAUGCCAUUCCAGGGACCAAUCUACACACAUGGUGACAGCCCUGCUGCCAUGCCACCACAGGGUCUGCUGGUUCAGCCAGAGAUGCACCUUCCCCAUCCCGCACACCCAGGCUUGCAUCCACACCAGUCAGGAGGGCCUAUGCCUAAUCCUGCACUCUACGCUGCCCCGCCUGUUUCUAUGUCACCUGGGCAACCUCCCCCUCAGCAGCUGCUGCCUCCACCCUUCUACCCCCCACCUGGAGUCAUGACUUUCAGCAACACCAACUACCCCUAUCCUGCUGGAGCUACACUACCCCCCAUGUACCCCAAUCCACAGGCGCAGUCACAGGUAUAUGGUGGUGUGACAUAUUUUGACACGGUACAGCAGCAGGCCCAGCCCAAACCCUCACCCCCGCGACGCACCUCCCAGCCAGUCACCGUCAAACCUCCCCCACCAGAGGACCAGAGCAGAAAGCCCAGUGAGGAGAUUCGCUCCUAGCUGCCGCUGACAGAAGCGGAGGCUGCAUCGCUGCCUUCCAGGACCAGCACCACUUGUGGAUAAAUAGAAUUUGCAUUCUUGCUUUUUAUCUUUAGUGUUUUCCUUUUUUGUUUGUUUUGUUUGUUUUUAUUCCUUAUUGUUUGAUUUCUCAUUUGGUCAGCCUUGUCCACAUUAACCCUCAUGCAAGGUCCUGUUUGCAAGUCAUUUCUUGGUCAUAUCAGUUCUUUUGACCUGCGGUGUUUUUGCCUCUCAGCCAAUUGCUGUGUGCUGCCAUCACUUUCUCUUUCAAAAAGGCAUAUCUCGGCCCUUGAUGGAAACAUACUGUAGAAUGCCUUGUAACCAUCAGCCUGACAUGACGGGAGGUUUUUGCAGCUGUUAACCUUUGUUGUAACUGUCUUCAAAUAUCAUACUAAUAAAACCUACCUUUUUCAGGUCAGAAAGGCAGAGAAUAGUUAAUACUAUGUACAAUCUUUUAGGUUAGUCAUAUAUGUUAAAGGAGCUACGUGUAAGAUUAAAUGUGUACCAGUCAUGCAGUACAUACUUGUUAUAAAAGAAAGCUUGAAUCUGCAUGAUCCUACUUUGGUGGAAUUUAACAACACUACCACAUUUGUUGCAUUUGACUGAAUGAAACAUGACGGCAGAACAGAGGCUUUUGGAAUGCCUACUUAGAAGUACAGUCAGCUACAGUAACAUUACUAUGUUUUUUAAAUCCUACAAAUAAGUAGUUGCAAUUUAAAGAAAAAUAAAACAAUUCUUGCAUGUAGCGCCUUCAAUUUUGCAUUCACAUUCAGCAUUAGAAAGCAGUUGGCCUGCCAAUCUAUGCAUUUACUUUAGCUUUUUUUUCCUCCUCCCUCUCUCUUUGUGUUAGUCGAUGAAAUAAGGCAAUACAUUUCACUCUGUCAGCUAAUAGUGUGGUUUCCGUGCCAGAUGGAGAAAGCAGGGGGCCUCGAGCUUUGUGUAACUGUAUAAUCUUCAUCAAUAGACAAAUUGAUUGACCAAAAAAGUAAAAAUUUGGCUUCCCAGCUGUGUAAACAGAGCCAUAGAUUAAAAAGCUCGAGGCAUAUUAACGCAGGAGUUUGUAUUACACCUGUUCAAGGGUCGAAUGGAGCACAAUGACAUUCAUAAUGAUUUGGAUCAUAGACUGUUCAAAUAAACUGGGAGGGUCUCAAACAGAUAUUGGUCACAUGUUUUUAAAUCUUUGAUACCAGUGUUCUGGUUGUGGUGGUUUUGUUUUUUGUUUUGUUUUUUGUUUUUUCUUUGCCCCACCACAACAGGUUUUCAAGAGUGCUCAACCAGUAGGAGUUGUGUAAACCAACCCUUAUGGUGCUAGACUUUUUGUGUAGCGAAGGGUGAAUUCCUCACUCUUCCCCACAUCUACACCGCACCCUAUGAAAUCUCUUUGUAUUUUUGACAUUGUACUGUGUUGAAAUAAAUACUGUAAUACCAGAAAAGAACCGUUAACCUUGCCUGAAAACUGAUGUACUUGACAGUGCUACUGCUUGAUGAUAGCUUCCUAAUGUAAGUGUAUAUAGAAUAAAUGUAUAUUGAAGCCUGUGGUUUAAAGAGCAGUAAUAGUUGAAACUUGUAGUCAUCAGUGGAAAACUGUCACCAUGAACAAAGUCGGCAGGGAAACCUAGCCCUGUGUUUUUUUUUGUUUGUUUGUUUUUGUUUUUUUUGUUUUUUUUUGUUAAUUUCUAAUGGAUUAACUGAAUGAAUUAACUUGCAAUUACAAAUUGUUUGUCUACUUAUUUUUAGAUAUGCUGAAUGCAAGAGUUUUUAUUCUUUUUCUCCUUUUAGAGGCACUGUACAGGCAUGCAUGAGAACAUGGAUACAUUUCUUUGUGAAAGCAAUUUUAGAUGGGCACCUGGGGCUGAGAGGCUGUUACCUUAUACCCCGCUGGGGUCUGUUAUGGAUGCAUCCUUUUAAAUGGUUCCAUUUAUUCGUUCCUGAUGACCUGCCAGUAUAACUGAAAUCCUCUCCUGUGCGCUCUCAGUGUUGUUUAAAUGUGGCUCAUAAGAAAGUGAUGAUUCGAGGAUGUUACUUUAUAUAUGCCUUAAAAAGUUGAAUUGGUUGACAUAUCUGUUCUGAUUGACUAGACCUGCCAACACUGUGAGGGGCUCGUACGUUUCAUAGGUGUUUGAAUAUAUUAAAGUGUUUCAUUUUUGUUUCUUCUGUUUGUUUUGUGAAGCAAUUUUGUCAAGAGAACUAUUAAACAAGACCCAAGUGUAA